CACCCCCCAGCACACACAAUGGGAGGGCCAAGCUCUGGCUUUGGACCCCAGACACUGGUCACCAUAGCAUCCAGGAUCCUCACAGGCUGCCCGCUCCCAGAGUGCCCCUGAGCAGAGGAACCUGGGGAGCCAGUGGGUGGAGAGGGGUGUCGGCUUCACUCUAGGGGAUCCCGGGACGCCGCAGCAGGAUGGGCGGGCGACCUUCAAGCCCCCUGGACAAGCGGCAGCAGCAGCACCUGAGGGACCAGGUGGAGGCCCUGCUAAGGAACUUCCUGCCUCAAUACCGCGUACAGCUGGCAGCCUCUGUCCUGCAGCAGAUUUCCCGGGAGCUGGUCCCCCAGGAGCAGGCUGGAUGCCAACUGCUGCACAGCAAAAAGCUCCCCCGAGUCCGUGAGCACCGCGGGCCCCUGACCCAGCUGCGGGGCCACCCACCCCAGUGGCAGCCCAUCUUCUGUGUCCUGCGUGGGAAUGGCCACCUGGAGUGGUUCAGCCACAGGGAGGAAUAUGAAAAUGGGGGCCGUCCUCUGGGCUCCGCGGCCCUGACAGGGUACACAGUCCUGACUUCCCAGCGGGAAUAUCUCCACCUGUUGGACACUCUCUGCCCAGACUCCUCAGGAGACCACACGCAGGAGGAGCCUGACCCCCUCCUGGAAAUGCCCGUGAGCUUUCCCCUGUUCCUGCAGCACCCCUUCCGAAGGCACCUCUGUUUCUCCGCAGCCACAGCGGAGGCGCAGAGCGCGUGGAGGCUGGCCCUGCAGGGUGGCAUCCGGCUCCGUGGCACAGUCCUACAGCGAAGCCAGGCCCCCGCCGCCCGUGCCUUCCUGGAGGCCGUACGGCUCUACCGGCAGCACCGAGGCCACUUUGGCCACGACGACAUGACGCUGGGCUCGGACGCGGAGGUCAGUGCCGUGCAAGGCCUCACCCCAACCCCCAGAAGCCCCCUCGGCCUUCACCGGAGCCCAGGCCCCCUCUCCUGCAGGAGGAGGGCGGGCCGGGGGAAAAGGGGUCCGCCAGGGAUGGAGCGGGUGAGUCUAGGUGUGGAGAGGACAGGAAGCCCUGGCGGUGGCACGUACCCGGGUUGCUCAGUCAGAUGGCGGAGGGGCGCCCACUCGGCUCAGGUACAACGUGAGCCGGGCUGGCAUCCGGACUCGGCCUUCCCGGCAUCGCUUCUGAGCCGACCCCACCGCACUCGAAGCGAAGCCUCGUUUCUCAGGAAAAUGGGGCGGAGCGGGUGCUCAGAGUCUGCGUUCCGCCCACCUCACCCUGCGGAGCCUCGGGUCUCCCAGGACCCCCCUUGCGGAGCACGUGGCGAGGGAGACCCAGGCCAGUGCCUUCCGCCCUCAGCCGAAGUCCAGGGCGCCCUGGAGUGCUGCCUGCGCAGGAGGGUGGACGCACAGCUGCCCCGGGUCACGCAGACUCUGCUGGACAUGGUGGAAGCAGCACUGGCGGCCGUGCAGACCCUCCUAGCCCAGGGCAUGGACCGCCUGGACCGCCACCUGCGUGGGAAUCCCUCGGGCGCCCGGCUGCGGAAAGAGGUUUACGCCUUUGGGGAGAUGCCGUGGGAUCCGGAGCUGAUGCAGGCUUGCUACCGCGAGGCUGAGCGGAGCCGGGGCCGCCUGGAGCAGCUGGUGGUGCCGUUUGGCUUCCUCGGAGCACAAAGUCUGGUGUUUGAGGCCCAGGAUCUCGCACAACAGCUCAUGGCCGACGCCGUGGCCACCUUCCUGCAGCUGGCCGACCAGUGUCUGACCAGGGCCCUGGACUGCCACCAGGCUGCCCAGCAGCUGGAGAAAGUCAGGGGGCGCGUGCUGAAGAAGUUCCAGUCGGACAGUGGCUCAGCGCGGAGGAGGUUCGUCCGCGGGUGGCAGCUCUGCAUCUUUUUGCCCUUUGUGCUGAGCCAGCUGGAGCCGCGCUGCAAAGCGGAGCUGCUUGAGUUGGAAGGGGACAUUCUUGCUGUGGGCAGCCCUGCCCUGACCGUCGAGGGCAUCUAUGAGGAUGUCAUCCGGGGGGUCCUGCGGCAGAGGAUCGAUGGAGAGCUGAAAAAGGCCCUCGGUGCCAGCGACGCAUCCUGUACUCUGGACAGCUGCUCGGAGGACCCGUGGGACCAGGCGGGAGCAGAUGAGGAAACUGAGGCUCAGAGAGGGACUUGCCCCAAGCAGCCAGGCUCCCGCACUGAGGUCCAGCCGCUCUGCCCGCUGCUGCCUCCGAGGACGUUCCGGAGCUGAUCUGCCCGCAGCCAUCUUCACGCCAGCAGAGAAAUGUCUCCCAGUGGGACUUCCGGGUCAGACGAACCAAGCCAAGGCUCUCACAACCAGCUCACCUCCGCCUCACUCCUCUUCUGAAGGGCCGCGCCUUCUCACAUCUCCACCAGCAGAAUUUGUGCAUGUUCUCCAGAUCCUUUCCAAAUAUUAGGAAUUUUCAUUAAAGAAAAAAAAAGUCAACUUGAUGGGCACACGCAUUUCAUUUUUUAAUUUUGAAUUUCUCUGAUGACUAAAAUGAAUCUAAAAAUGUUUAUUGGCCAUUUAGAUGUUUGUGGGUUAACAUUGAAUUGUCUGUUCAUGGAUUUCCUUACUCCCCCCCACCCCCAGGAGAUUUUAUCUUUUUCAUAUGCAUCCUUGGUAACUCUGUAUAUAUUAAUGGUAUUAACACUUUGUAUCUAGAUUACAGAUAUUUUUUUCUCAGCUUGCUGUGGGCCUUUUGGGUUUGCUUACAUGGUUCCCAAAUUUAACUCGGUAACAAGUUUCUCAGCUGAGAGAACUUAGACGGACUUCCCUCUGUUGCCAGAAAAGUCAUCUGUGCACUUGAGCUUGGCAGCUUCCCCACAUCACAAGCCUUCCAGCUGCUUCCGGAGCCGGUUCCUGAGGGACUUCCCCAAUGUUCUUCUCCUUUCAGCUUUCAGGGGGGCCUGCCCAGCCCACAGCGAUGGUUUCCUCCCAUUCUGUCCUGGAGAUUUGAGCCUUCCCCAAAGGAAUAAGAUUUCCCUCUCGUUUCCGGAUUUCCCCCUCCACCACCAUCUUCUGAGAUGCAUUUGUGCUUCACAGCCCCGCCCGUCCAGCUGGCUGCUUUUUACCCAGGAUGUCGACGUUAUUCUGGGAAAAUCGCAGCAACAAGAAUUUGUCACCCUGCCCACUUGGAGAAAACCGCUGUGUGCCCCGGGGUCUAAAUCCUUCCAGUCUUUUCUCCGUGUGUCAGAACCGGAGACACUUGUCACCCUGUUGUUCUUGCUUAAUAUGAAAGACCUUUUGUUGCCAGUCCCCUUUCCUCCACUCAGAGUCAAACCAGUAACCAGAAAAGGCUGGGCUGCGUUUCUAAAAGAUUCAGCCCCAAACUUAACCUGUGCAGACAAUUACUGUAAAAAAAAUAAAUCAGAAAACAGGCGCAAAGUAGAGAAAAGUAAUUAGAGGAAGGGCAUGGACAAGGGGAAGAGCCUGGAGAGAAGGAGGGGCGAGUGUCACCUGACUCCAUAGACGUGCUGGGAGGUUUGGGGCUCCCACCACAAGCUCCCAUCUUGCAUGCCAACCAGGACACACAACCCCGUCCCUGAAUUUUACCUAGCAACCUUAACCCUCUGCCAUGCACAUUAAUAAAUAUACA